AGUGAGGGUGAGAGGUACCAACAGGUGGGAGGAGUGUGAAAUCGAAUCCCUUGCCCCUAUUAGAAAUAAUUUGCUGCUAGUACUUGCUGUAGAGUAGACCAAGGCAUUCUGGGAAUCACGAGGGUCACUGCGUUUACUGUUGGAGGAAUUGGAGUCACCGGGUCAUUGCCACUCUCUCUAUCUCUCUCGCUCUCUCUCUCUCUCUCUGCUGGGUGGUUGAGUGAGCAAGAGGCACAGGAAACUGCUGAGGGGGAGAAAAAAACAAUCGCACAAAGUCUUUGUUGCUUAGUGUAAGCGUGCAAGUGUGUAUGAGUGUGUGUGUUUGUGUGUCACAGCGCAGGACUGUUACAAGGAUACAUUCGUUUGGUGCGGGAAGCCGGCAACGGCACAUGUGGAUUAUUAACGUCACAGAGACCUGCAGACAAUCAGCUGUCCCCGGUGAUCUAACCCCUCUCGUCGCAUCGGAUGAAGACCGCUGACGUGAUUUUCUCCGCGGCUGAGAACUUUCCCAUGUCUCGACGGGACCAGCGCUACAGGAGAGGCUUAAAGGGACGGUGCUGUGAAUGUGGCUCCAUUCUCACCCACUGGUACUAUGAGAAGGACGGCCGCCUCUUCUGCAAGAGAGACUACUGGGCCUGCUUCGGGGACACGUGUCACGGUUGCUCAGAAGCCAUCACAGGCCUCAUCAUGGUGGCCGGAGAGCUGAAAUACCACCCAGAGUGCUUCUCCUGCAAGUGCUGUGGACAUUUCAUAGGAGAUGGGGAUUCAUUCACACUCGUGUCACGCUCCAAUCUGUACUGUGGGCACUGUUAUUCGACCAGUACUGAACAGUGUGCAAACAUGGAAGGUCCCACGGAGCCUCAUACUGUGACCCUGGUCUCCUUUCCCCCCUCGCAAAAUGGCUGCCGAAGCCUGUCACUCCACAUGGACCAGGAUGGAGACAGUGAGAACAACCACAUAUUUAGAAUAGCAGAGAUGGAUGUGACGCAUGCCAGUGUGGAUGUUAAGGCGCUAGUCCAUGUGGGGGAUAAGGUCCUUGAAAUCAAUGGAACUCCCAUCCAGAACAUUUCACUGGAUAAGAUCGACCUGGUGAUCCACGACACUGAGCGUUUGCUCCAGCUCACUGUGGAACACGACCCCCAGCGCCCACAGAGCACCCAGAGGAGGCCCACCUCCAUCUUAGGGGAGGAACUGGAUAUUCCCACCAGCCUCUCAGAACCACCUCAGAAGAAAAACCCACGCUCUAGAAACAUCCUGCGAAGCUGCAGCACAGAUAAAAUGCCUAGCUCAAACUAUUCCAUGCCUUUGCUCUCUCAGAGGAGGGAGAUAAACCGCUCCCAGUCUGUGCGGGAGGACACAGGCAACAGCGCCCACAGGAUAUUCCGGCCCUCAGACCUCAUCCCAGGGGAGGUGCUGGGUAAAGGCUGCUUCGGCCAGGCUAUCAAGGUAACUCAUCAAGUGACAGGGGAGGUAAUGGUACUUAAAGAACUGAUUCGCUUUGACGAGGAAACACACAAAAUGUUCUUAAAAGAGGUAAAAGUUAUGCGCUGUUUAGAUCAUCCCAAUGUGCUGACGUUCAUUGGCAUCUUGUACAAGGACAAGCAUCUCAAUUUGAUAUCUGAAUUUAUCCCAGGGGGGACUUUAAGACAGACCAUAAAAAAAAUGGACAACAAGUAUCCUUGGAGGUUAAGAGUGAGCUACGCCAAGGACAUUGCAGCAGGCAUGGCAUACCUCCAUUCAAUGAACAUCAUCCAUCGUGACUUGAACUCCCACAACUGUCUUGUGAGAGAGAACCAGAGUGUGGUGGUGGCUGACUUUGGGCUUGCCCGAUGGGUGAACAAAAUCGAAGUUCAGAGUAGGCAGUCCCCCAAAGAGAAGGCUGGACAGCAGACACCACCUGACCGUCGCAGAAAAUACACAGUGGUCGGGAAUCCAUACUGGAUGGCUCCAGAAAUGAUCCAUGGCGAGAGAUACGAUGAGAGAGUGGACAUCUUCUCUUAUGGGAUUAUGCUUUGUGAGAUAAUAGGAAGGGUGUAUGCAGACCCAGACUUUAUGCCGCGCACUAUGGAGUUUGGACUAGAUGUACCUGGCUUUCUAAAACAGUUCUGUUCAGAAGAAUGUCCUUCUUCUUUCUUCCCCAUGGCUGCCCUUUGUUGUGACCUGGUUGCUGAGAAACGGCCAAAUUUUGCCACACUGGAGAGGUGGCUUGAAAAUAUUCUCUUGAACAUGGACAUGGGGCUCCCUCUAAUGUCCGAGGUGGAUGGUGUGCAGAAGGACUUCUGGAAAACCACAUCGACAAAUCGAUCUUAAUGUUUUUUUUUUUUUUUUUUUUUAAAUCCGUGUUCCAUAUGCUCUGCACUUUAAUGUAUGUACAUGAUGAUGUUCAUCUGAAAUAAAAGUUUUGUAUCAAAACAAAUGGCCAAGGGUAAUUUGAACUGAAAAAUUAUGCCAAAAUGGAAAGCUUAUAAGCUUUACUUGCAGUGUUCACCUUGCCAGAGCUUUAAAUAAUUUCGAAACCGAAUAAAGUGUCUUAAAAUGGUUUCAUAACCAAUGAACUAUAAAUGCCACUAAAAUUGGCAGAACAAGGCAGAAAUAAAUCAGCUUAUGUCAUUAUUUUCUAAAUUUACUUUUUACCUAAUUAAUCUAAUUUUAUCACCGACUGCCCAAAUUCAUGUUACUGCUCAGUGUUUUCCAAGUGAGUUCUAUGCAUUUCCAUGACCUAUGCCCCCUAGUGGCCAUUCAUGCUGUUACCCUCAAAGAGUUUUCAAUAAAAUGUAUACAACACCAUCAA